GGGAGGGACGGCCGAGAGAUCAGUUCUUGAAACUUUGAUACGGUCGGCACGGCAAUAGGAGAACGGAAGGUCCGAGCUGAGUAGCCCUGCUCAGCGAACGAUAUGAUACUCACAGACAUGGUGUGCGGUGUUCUUUGGGGUUGAGUGGCCGAAGAUCGUUAGAGCAAGCGCCAGCUGUGAAUGUGAAACCAACUAGACCAACUUUGAGCAGCUGCUCUGUGUAGCCUGUGUGAAGGCUCAUUAAGGGCGCGGUCCGUGACUUCUCGUCAAGUUGCAUCGAAUCAGUCGCGAGGGUGGUGGAAGUCACCGACCAUGCGCGGGGUCUCAUUGCGUGAACUGUUCCCUUGCCUCGAGCCACUCUCCUUUGUUCACAAUCGUGAUCCUUUUGCACUUUUGUGCUCAACCAGAAGAAGGGAAAUAGUGAUAGAUCCCCAGAUACGCUCACGUCAAAAGAGAGGUCUCAUAUUGAGUUCAGACCGUCGCUUACCUGCUAUGGAGUUCUUAGGUUCCAACGUCCGGCUCUAUCUAGCCAGUGGCGUAGUUGUUGAUGGGAGGGUCGCCAAUAUUGAUCAGGACACUCAACUGCUGACCUUGCAGAAUGUGAGCGCUACCAUCAAUGGCUCGACGCAUCACUAUCCCAGCUAUCCAGUUUCGGGUCAUGAUAUCAAGGAUCUUCAGAUUGUAACGGCAGUGGAUGCACAAGCUCGUCGUCCUCCAGAACCCCCGCAACCCCCGGCACCUGCCGGCCCGCCUCUUCCCCAACCCCGCUACCAAGAGGCUCCACUGCCUCCUCAGUACCCAGUUCCUGGACAGCACCCUGGUCAUCAUCCACAUCAGCAUUUUCAUCAUCCCCACCAGCACGUUCCGGCACCCCAUGGGCCCCCGGGUCCACCAGCGUUCCCGUACGCUGCUCAGCCUGAACCGUUUCAUCAGCAUCAACCCCCGCCGCAUCAAUUUCAUUCUCAAGCACAACCGCAGCAUGUGUCGUCGCAUGCUCCGCCAUCUCAUGUGCAUAAAGUUGAGUCGGAGCAAGGGCCCCAGGCGCGACCAAAGCCAACUACACUGUUUCAAGAUCCAGCCAUUAUCUCGAUGUCACCCAGUCCAAGCAAAUCGCAAUAUCCUACAAAGAUCCUAUCCAGAGGUGCAAAUACUCCCAAACAAUCAUCUGGUUUGGCACGGACGCCGCCCGUUAUGGCCAAGACACCAUCAGGUGGCUCCAGCGUUGAAAGACGCUCUCAAACACCGAAAGCCGCACGUCAUACGGGAGGACAAAAUCAUGCAGCACACGCUAUAACAGUCACUGAAAGCGAGUUGGACGGCGAGGUGGAUUUCUCAGAUCUGAAUGGUACAAGCGCCAAUGAAUCUCCAAUGCAAUCUAGAACAAAUGGAAACUCGCGCAGGAGGGUAGCUGAUGGCAGACGAAGCAAUUCGAGAGGAGGGCGAGAAUCGCAAGGAAGACGCGAUGGGCAAUCCCCCAACGGCGGGAAAUUAAGGAAGGGCCGACGUGAAGAGACCUUCAAGGAGGAUGUAGCAAACUUGUCCGAUGAUUUCGACUUUCAAGCGGGGUUGACUCAGUUCGACAAACGUCGCGAAUUUGAGAAGAUCAGGGAGGCAGAUGAGACCGACCCCGAAACGCUUCUCGUCAGUCACAAUCGCCUCCGACCUGUGCCUCAGGGCAUGCAGAAGAUGGGAAUCAGGCAAAUGGUUCUGGACUCGUCAGUAGCUCCGAGUGGGGAGGAGACGGGAAACGAAGCGGAAGUCGAAAGCGCAUCAGACAGCGAGGAGGCGGUUGCGCUGGCCGGCCUUCCCGAAGAAGCCCCACCUCUCGUAGAGUUUGGGGGCUCGAGAAGGCGGAUUUGUCAAACGUUGGGCGGCGUGGCCGUCCCAGCUGUCACUCCCGGCGAGAUGUUGGAGAUUGAGAGGAUUGCAGGCACGGAGACCGGGCCGAGCGAUGAACAAAUGAUCGAAAAUGGUGGACGUGGGUGCGCCAUGAUGAUCCUGCAAGCGCUUGGAGGGAACAGACGGAUCAAACCUGGAAAUCAUAACGAUGGGCCAUUGGUCGUUGUGUUGACCGGGAACAACAAGAUUGGCGCGUUCGGGCUCUGCGCGGCACGACAUCUGGCAAAUCACGAAUGCAAUGUCAUCGUCUCCGCUGUGGGCACUGAGGCGGAGAUGGUCAACUCUGUUGCUGCACAGCACAAAACAUACGUGUUCAGCGGCGGGAAACUCGCCAAGGGCAUGGUUGAUCUUCCACACCCGGCAUCACAGCCCGUCGAUUUGAUUGUCGAUGCGUUGCUAGGCACACACCAGAGCAUUUUGGAUCUGAGCGAGCAUGAUCGGAGUCUGGUCUGCCAGUUGUUCCAGUAUGCGAAUGAAAAUAAGGCGAAUGUUUUGAGUUUGGAUUUCGCGAGCGGUGUGCACGGUACAACAGGAGUCCCCAUGUCUCCCCUGCACCACAUCAAACCUAAAUGGACCUUAGCCCUAGGUCUUCCCAAAAUCGGGCACCUACGCGCAGACCGCGAAGUCGUCGGCGAGCUCUUCCUCGCCGACCUUGGCAUCCCACGUGUGGUCUUCCAAAAAGUCAAUCUUUCCAAAAGCCAGGGGAAUAACAAGUUUAGGUGGAUCCCGCCUUUCGGCGACAAGUUUUUGGUCGGGUUGGAGAUUGCCGACGUGUAGUGUAGAGUGCAGCUAAUUAUCGACCAGUCAUAUUCCCCCUGCUCUUCAAUGUACAUUAUUUUCCUGUAAGGGUUCCACCCCUACAGCCGUCUAAUUCUUCGAAUCCCAAAACUGCAUCUCGGCUUCCAAGUCCAUCGUACACGCGUUCAUGAAAUGACACCUUUCAGUGACUCGGCUUGUGCUUUUAUCGUCUCGUACUGCUUCUCAUCGAAGCCUCGCCUACGGCUGAUCCGUUUCCGCAAUAUCCCACGGACCCACGUUCCAAUG